CUGAAAAUGAGCGGCGAAAUUGAACGUUCACAGGAGGUGGCGGUCAUUUUUGCACAGGAUACCGAUCACAAGGCUCAAUAUGAAGCAUUGGCGAAGCUUUGCAACAAAUAUUUGCCACAAAAUGCGAUGGGACGAGUCGAUACGGCGGAAAUUAUUAAAAUCAUUGAUACAGUAAUCGCAUUGGAGACUGGAAGUAUGGUUGUAUCACGUCAAUUUGUAUCACUUAUCACUGAAAGAUUGGAUAAUCAACAUUUGGAAUCAGAAUGUGUUAAGGCUAUUUCAGAAGGAAUUUUGGCGAUUAUUAAGACUCGAACCAUCUCUUAUGAGGAUCAGGUCUGUAUCCUCCGCCUCAUGCUUGCAAGCCUCUACGAAAAAGAAGGCCGUAUCAAGGACGCGGCCCAGGCCCUAAUCGCAAUAAAUUCCGACACAAGCCCGAAAUUCAACGGCCCACAAGCGGCGAAAGAAGGCGCCAAGGCCCAGCUGUGCAUUCGAAUUACGAAGCUUCUUCUCGACUGUUCUGAAAUUGAUGAAGCCGAGCAAUAUGUGAAUCGGACGAGUAUUCUUAUGGUUGACCUCGGCGCAAAUCCAGAUAUUCAGAUUGAGCAUAAAGCUUUGCAGGCUCGAGUUUCAGAUGCCAAGCGUCGAUUCGUUGAAGCUGCUCAAAGAUACUACGAGCUCAGUGCAACAGAGCAACUUCCCAACUCUGACAAGCUCACCGCACUGGGAAAAGCCAUCGUCUGCGUACUUUUGGCCAAACCGGGACCCCAGCGAUCACGGCUUCUAACUCUGAUUUUCAAGGACGAACGGGCUCCAAAAUGUGCAUCUUUUGAGCUUAUCGCAAAGAUGUACUUGACAAAAGUCAUCCAUAAAGAUGAGCUUGAAGAGUUUGAGCAUCAACUUCAAGACCAUCAAAAAGCUGAUGAACAUGGAGAAUCUAUUCUGAAAGGAGUUAUUCAAGAGCAUAAUAUUACUGCGAUUAGUCAGUUGUACAUUAAUAUCUCGUUUAAAACUCUUGGACAGUUGCUCGGAGUUGAUACGGAAGCGGCAGAAUCAAUGGCUGGAGAGAUGAUUUCAUCGGAACGUCUUCACGGAUACAUUGAUCAAACCAACGGAAUUCUUCAUUUUGAAGAUUCAAAUCCGAUGAGAGUAUGGGAUUCACAGAUUCUUUCGACAUUGGAACAAAUUAACAAAGUCAGCGAUAUGAUUGUUGCCCGGCACUCGGAAUUCGCCGAGUUUUUGACAUAAAUUUUGAUUUUAUUCACUCCUUUAAAUCCCACUUAUUUUGUGUUUUUUUUUUUCAAAUUUAAAAACCGGAUUUUCAGUGUUUUUUGACUUAAAAUUGCCUCAAUUUUGAGCUUUUCCACAAUUUUUUUUCUUGUGAAAUCUCAAGUAUUUGUCAUUAAAAAAUUUCCAAAAAAAAAGAGGACAUUUGUAGUGAAAAUGUGCCUAAUUUAGUGAAAAACUAUAAAAAAACUUUUUUUAUCGGAAAAAAAACCAAAAAAAAAUUUCUAUAAAAAUAUGGAAAAAAUGUCAAAUUUUGGGUGUUUUUCAUGAAAAAACAACCAAUUUUUUUUCGAAAAAUUCGAAAUUCUCGAAAAUCCGGCAAUUUUCACAUCUUUUUUGUGUACAUUUCCUCAUAUUCUCUUCCCAUUUCGGGUCAUUAUAUUUUUUAUUUCCCACAUGAACCUUCCCUGGUC